AUGCAUUUCGUUUUGUCCUUUGCAUUUUUGCUCUUCAGCCUCUGCCAUUAUGCUGCGGCCCGGGCAGUCUUUGCCCAUUUCAUGAUAGAUGCUUUCGCACUCAAUAUUGCCUACGGCAGAACUUUCAACGACAAGCAAAUUUCCAAUGCCUUUGCGGCUGCUUCUUCUUCUGGUUUCAAGCUUUUUUUCUCCUUUGACUACGCCAGUGAAGGUGCAUGGAACGAGGCAGUUGUCACGGAACUACUCCAGCAAUACACGUCCAAUGCUGCCUACUUCCAUACAGCCGAUACUUCGCAGCCUCUGGUUUCCACUUUCGAAAGUCCAGCAUCGGCUGCCGAUUGGGUUGAAAUUAAGUCAUUAACAGGUUGCUUCCUUAUCCCUGAUUGGUCAUCUCUCGGUGCCGAUGCGGCUGUCCAACUUGAGGGUGGUGUUGCAGAUGGUCUGUUCAACUGGGCAGCCUGGUCUUACAACGGCGAGAGAAUGAAUACCUAUAUAGAUGCGUCUUAUUUACAGUAUCUUGAUAAAAAGCCUUACAUGAUGGCGGCAUCCCCAUGGUUCUACACAAACUUCCCUGGGUUCGACAAAAAUUGGAUUUGGCCAGAUGUCUCUAUGAGUUUAUGGAGUGAUCACUGGACCGAGAUUCUGUUGCAAAAGCCGGACUAUGUCGAGAUUAUCAGCUGGAACGACUAUGGCGAGUCGCAUUACAUCAGCGAGUCACGUUCAUCCCCUCCUUUUGUAGAUGGGGACGAUACAUUUGGCUACGUAACUGGUAUGGAUCACAAUGCGUGGACCUGGCCGCUAGCUGUGUGGACGGAGCAAUACAAGAGUGGGAAGGCAACUAUUACAGAGGAGAGUCUUGUCCUUGAAUAUAUGCUUCAUUCCCCCAGUGAGUGCAACGAUGGCAAUACGACUGUUAACACAGCCAGUCAGUUUCAGGUCGAAGGACUUCCUCAUGAUAUAAUGACAUACAAGUAUAUUGGUUUCACCGCCACUCUUGGUUCUAUGGCCAAUGUGACUAUUCAUGUUGGCGACCAAGUCUCGGCGGCAAGUUGGCAAACAGUACCUGCGGGGGAUGUUGGAGUCUAUCACGGGUCACUGUUUGUGACAGGCACAGGAGCCGUUUCGGCUGACUUAAUUCGAGAUGGGACGACUAUUCUCACCAUUGAUGGGGAGUCUAUUGGCGGUUGUGGUAAUGGUGGCUAUGCUAACUUUAACCCCUGGGUUGGUGGCGACUUUGUCCCAGGAAAGAUAUCCGUCGAGACUCCUUAUGAUCUUUCGGACCUUGUCUGUAUAGAAGGGUCGGGAGCCACGGGCUUCGCUACAAUAUGCAGCCUUGUCUGUGAAUACGGAUACUGUCCUAUUGGUGCAUGUUAUUGUACUGCUCUAGGAUUGCAGAAGGAAUAUCCUGUAUUUACAGGUGACCUUGGAUUUGCUACUAGCGAUCCUAAUUAUGAUGGUCUAUGUAAAUGGACAUAUCAAUUCGGAUUCACGUUCCCGGAUCACUGUUCCACCACCAAGCAAGAUACCACUGUGCCAAAUCCGUCGCCCUUUCUACCCAAAUCUUGUACGGGGGGAGAAUGGGCGGUAGCUUUGGAUGGAUUAGAAGAACUUUGCGCUUUCACUUGUAGUCUUGGAUACUGUCCGACUCAUCUUUGUUUGUGCACGUCCGAAGGCGCACUCGUCUUGUUAGAUGGCAUUGAAGCCCCCGACAUCGUCACCUUUGUGGGCGAUCCAGAUGAUCGCGAUCAGAGCGACCUUUGCGCUUGGGCCUGUGACACUGCGGGAUAUUGCCCCUGUCAAGUCGGCGAUGACCUUCCUCCCUGCGAUUUCAGCCUCAGUUUCACAGACAUGGACGCGUUAGCGGACGCUUCUGACAAGUAUACCCCGUAUUGCAAUUACAUUUAUCUGCUAAACGUUCUAUAUACCAACGUUACAGCUGAGUUGGCCGACUACAAUGACGCGAACGCAGGGUAUGACAGUCUUUUCGGGUACUACCAGACGUACAUCAAGGAUGAAAUUCCAAUAAUGCUGGAUUCGUUCAUGGGUUGGGAUGAGAUAAGUGGCAAAGUCGACGCGACUGCACCAGGUAACAAGUACUUCGAAUGCACAUAUUACGACGUUUCUAAAAAGAAGAAUCACACAACUGAGUCAUGUCCGGCACCACGAGCCGGUGAUAACUUCGAGAUGUACUGGGCGCUCAUCAACUCGACGGGGUUUUACGCAGACCUACAGGAGAACUACGGAAUAGAAGCAGAUUGGGUUGUCUUAACUAAGAAUGACCUGUCAAGCUGUGUUAGUGACGAUCCGUUAACCGUCCCGUGCAUAUCGCACCACGAAGUAUGGCACAACUAUCCAUUGAUGGCUCCCAGUGUCACCGUAGCAAACCCAAAGGAUUUAUUCACAAAUGCAGGUCCUGCAAUGGCACAGCUGCCACUAAGCAUUGCUGCCACUCGUCUGGAUAUGAUACUGGGACAAUGGAACGGCUCCGGAUCCGACGCUAUUCAAUCAUUUGCCAUGCCCGUAGCUAUGGUAUCCCAGGCCAUCCAGUCCAUGGCCGAGGUUAAAAUCCUGAGAAAGACAGAAAAGGAAGAAGAGAAAAAGAGACUAAUCUCGCUUGUCCUAACCGCCGUGCUAGGUAUUGUGCCUUUUGUUGGAGAAGCAGGUGCCGCGCUCGCAGGACUCGCUGUCAUCGCACGUACUAUUGCUAUAGCCGGUGAAGUAGCAAAUACGGCAUUCUCCAUCUAUACGAUUGUAGAUGACCCCGCGAGUGCCCCCAUGACGGCCCUAAGUUUAUUAUUUGGUCUUGGCGGGGUGGCAGCCGUCUCGAGGGAUGCCGAAGUUUUCGCCAAAGUCGCAGCUUUGCGAAGAGAGAUGAAGGCUGCAGAUGUCGCCGCAAUGAGUUCUACGGUUGAGGAACAGGUGGCCUUGGUCCAGAAGAUUAUUAAGGAGUGCGCUUAA